AUGCCGCGCCGGCCACCGGUAUACGACGACUACGGCACUGCCGUGCGUGAGAUUAUUCUGGCUACGUCAGACUCCGACUUUGUCGACCAACUGAUUCCCGUUCUUAAAGAUGCGACUGUCAACAACCGGACAGCAGGUCUGAACCAGAGCCUUGCACAAUACGUGGACGACAGAGAAUCCGAAAUCGAGAACAUCGGGCUCACCAAACAUGAAGAAUUCCUCGGAUCCGUGAACCAGCUGCAGAAAGUGCGGGAGGGCACGGUGGCUCUGACGGCCGAGAUCCUGGAGCUAAACCAGUCCAUCCAGGCGAGCACGGAGAAGCUGGCCAAGCAGAAACAGAACUUAGUCGACACGCGGGGGGUGCGACAGAAUAUUGCCGAUGUGUCGGACGCCCUAAACGAAUCACUCAAGAUCCUGCACGCUGUGAACAAUGCACACGAGCUGGUUCGCAAGAAGAAAUACUAUGGGGCGCUCAAGUCGUUGGAGGACCUGCAGAACGAGCACCUGGUGCCGAUCAUCCAGAACAAGUAUGCCACGCAACAUCAGCUGGCAGACCUGAUCCAGAAGUCGAUCCCGGCAUCGCAAAAGACCAUCUCAGAGGCCGUCAUGAACGACCUGAACACCUGGCUGUUCCGUGUCCGUGAGACGUCGCAGUUCCUGGGCGAGGUUGCCUUUUACCACACCGAUACCCGGAGAACCCGCAUGAGGGAGCGCGUGGAGCAGAACGAGUUCCUGAAGCACUUCAGGCUCAACUCGGCAAUCGAGCUGGUCUUUGACGAGAGCGAGGAGUUUGAUGUGCUGGAUAACGAGGAGGUACGGGUGGACUUUACGCCCUUGUUCGAGGCUCUUCACAUCCAUGAGGCCCUUGGCAAGAGCGACCGGUUCCGUGCCGACUACGCAGCCACUCGGCGCCAGCAGAAGGAUCUCCUGAUGCCGUCAUCGGUGAACCUGGAAAACGACGACGCCGACUCCUCGCUGAGCAGCCUGCUCGAGGGCAUUUCGGGCUUUGCCAUCAUCGAAAAGGCAACUAUGCGGCGCCUUCCGCAGCUGCGGUCGUCUGUCGAUGUGGACGAGCUGUGGGAUUCCAUGUGCCAGACGGCCAUCAGCCUGAUCGCGAAGGCUCUCAAGGACGUGGGCAAUGCCGAGGUGCUCCUCAAGGUCAAGGGCAUGAUUGCCCUGUUCAUACAGACCAUGGAAGGCUGGGAUUACUCCAUCACCAUGCUGGACAACUUCUUGCUGAAGCUGUUUGACAAGUAUGCCGAGCUGCUGAAGCGGCGUUUUAGCGAGGACUUCCAGGAGAUCGUGUCCACGGAUGAUUACAUGCCCAUGACGAUCAACUCCUUGGAGGAGUAUGAGAAGGUCGUCAAUGUCAGCUGGUUUACGCAGGACAAGCCCUUGUCGGAGUUGACGUUUCCCUGCGUCUUGCCCUUCUCGCAGAUGUAUCCUCUAUGCUGCAUCGACAUUCGGAAUUUCCUCAACCAAUUCUACUUUUUCUCUGAUGACCACUUUCAGCAUGCGAGUAUUAUCGACGACACGCUUCGCAAGUCACUGGAUGUACUCUUAAAUGAGAAAAUCUGCCAGUCUCUUGUAGAGCGUCUGAGCUCGCAAUACCUGGGCCAGAUCGUGCAAAUUCUCAUCAAUUUGGAGCACUUCGAGACGGCUUGCCAGGAGCUCGAGCAGUUGCUGAUUCGAGCACGGUCAUCCACUUCAGCCGGCGGGCCUGCCACCUUAACAGCGACAGAGCAGUUCCGCAGCAAUAAGAAGACGGCCGAGAAACGUAUCUUUGAGUUGGUGAACUCCAAGAUUGACGAUCUCGUGGAUACAGCCGAGUACGACUGGAUGGCCCAUACGGCGCAGACAGAGCCCAGCGGUUAUAUCCAGACCCUGACGCGCUACCUCUCGAACAUCAUGAACUCAACGCUGCUCAGCCUGCCACGGGAAAUCAAGGAGUUGAUUUAUUUCGAUGCCCUCAGCCAUGCCGCGGACAAGAUCUUGAACCUCCCACUCUCACCCGACGUCAAACACAUCAACCCCAACGGUGUAGCUGCUAUGGCGAACGAUGUCCAGUCCCUGACAGAAUUUGUCGGCAGCCUGGAGAAUGCUUUUAUGCUGGAACAAAACCUAGACGAGCUGCAGCAGACGGUAGCCCUGAUGCAGACCGACAACACAGACGAGUUUUACGAUAUCACAACACGAAACCGGAAGUACGGGAGAGUCAAUGCCCAAAAUGGGGCGAUCUUACUAGAAAAGCUGACACACACGGUAGAAGGCCCGAAUCGGGCAGCCCAGGCAGCCCAGGGACUGGCAAACUUCUCGUCCCGAUUCGGUCGGCGGUAG